CCUGCCCCAGGCACACUGCAGCUCGGCGCGGACUCUCCAGUCGCGGCGAGGUGGCUGCAAACUCACGGGCACGCACGGCGCUCUCAGAGCCGAGGCACUCGGGGGAGGGGACGCGCGCAAGCCGCUGGCAGCCAACCACCUAGGUUGAAGACACCCGGGGCCCAGAGCAGGGCAGAGCCUUGGCGGCUGUGGCUUCCCUUUUCUCUCUCAGCUGAGCUCCGGAGACACUCGGGGACUGGCCCUAAAAAAGAGCAGGAAAUCUUGUUUACCGCCCGGGGAGAGGAGCCCAUCGAGCCUUUGUUUGGAAAGUCAGCAUCGCCUGCUCCCGCGGCAAUGUGUUCCUGGUGACAUUAACCCACGGUAGACGGGUAGGAGAAAAAGGGGGCUCGCCAGGUUUAGCUCUGCUUUCGGAGGAGGAUCCAGAGGAGACUUUCGUGCGUUUGUUUGAAUUUGUGGAAACCCCUUUUCCUCCUCCUUUUUUGCCUCUCUUGCCCGCCGCCGGGCAUGUCCUGAUCUGGUGGCCGCGCCUACCAGCCCGGGGCUGCUGAUCCGAGCUGUCUCCCGCGGGUCUCCCUCCCUCAGUGCCUGACUUUGCAAUACCGAGAGGGCUGAUCUCUGCGAGGAAGGAGGCGGGGGAGUCACAGACACCGGGACCCGAAGCUUGACAUGCUCCGGGGCGGACCGGAGGCAGUUAGGAGCUGAGCGCACCACCGGGGCUGCUUCGCUUGCCGGUUCCCAGCGUCUUUGCCCUCCUCUGGGCUCCAGCCUUGCUCAUCUGUUGGGACGCCCCCUUCUUUCCCGAGGUCUGAGGCCGGCAGGAACAUGCUGCUCAAGGAGUACCGAAUCUGCAUGCCGCUCACCGUGGACGAGUACAAAAUCGGACAGCUGUAUAUGAUCAGCAAACACAGCCAUGAGCAGAGUGACCGGGGAGAAGGGGUAGAGGUCGUGCAGAACGAGCCCUUUGAGGACCCUCACCAUGGCAACGGGCAAUUCACUGAGAAGCGAGUGUAUCUCAACAGCAAACUGCCUAGUUGGGCCAGAGCUGUUGUUCCCAAAAUAUUUUAUGUGACCGAGAAGGCGUGGAAUUAUUACCCAUACACCAUCACAGAAUAUACCUGCUCCUUCCUGCCGAAAUUCUCCAUCCACAUAGAAACCAAGUAUGAAGACAACAAAGGAAGCAAUGAUAGCAUUUUUGACAGUGAAGCCAAAGACCUGGAGAGAGAAGUGUGCUUCAUCGAUAUCGCCUGUGAUGAAAUUCCAGAACGCUACUACAAAGAGUCUGAGGAUCCUAAACACUUCAAGUCUGAGAAGACAGGCCGAGGGCAGCUAAGAGAAGGCUGGCGAGACAACCAUCAGCCCAUCAUGUGCUCCUACAAGCUGGUCACCGUCAAGUUCGAGGUGUGGGGCCUUCAGACCCGAGUGGAACAAUUUGUGCACAAGGUGGUCCGAGACAUCUUGCUGAUUGGACACAGACAGGCCUUUGCGUGGGUUGAUGAGUGGUACGACAUGACAAUGGAUGAAGUGCGAGAGUUCGAACGAGCCACUCAGGAAGCCACCAACAAGAAGAUUGGCGUUUUCCCACCGGCCAUUUCUAUCUCCAGCAUCGCCCUACUGCCUUCCUCGGUGCGCAGCGCCCCCUCCAGCGCCCCAUCCACCCCUCUCUCCACAGAUGCGCCAGAAUUUCUGUCCAUUCCCAAAGACCGGCCCCGGAAAAAAUCUGCUCCAGAGACGCUCACACUUCCAGAUCCGGAGAAAAAAGCCACCCUGAAUUUACCUGGCGUCUAUGCUUCGGAAAAGCCAUGUCGGCCCAAAUCAGAGUAACUCGGUCUAAACAUCCCUUUGGGUCCUUUGUUUUUAUUUGUGGCUCUUUUUUUUUUUUUUUUUUUAAAGAAUUCUCUGGACAAGGAAAAGACUGCCUCCUUCACUCAGAUGUGUUCUUGGAUCUCAGACAAUGCAUGUGGUUAAAUAAUCUCACAGAUAGCAAGAACCCCUACGUGUGCCACACAGCAUCAUAGUGAAUGUGAAAAGUAUGAUUUAGGAAACAAAAAACAAAAAACCGAAACGAAACAAAACAGGAGGGGCUGAGGACACUGCUCAGUGGGUAGAGCUGCUGCAGCUGCUGUGGAACCCUGGGUUCCAUCCCAGCCGUGGUAACGAGGCAGGAGGAUCAGAAGUUCAGGGUCAACCUCAGCUACAUACAGAGUUUGAGGCCAGCCUGAGUUAUUUGAGACACUGUCUCAAGAACAAUCAAACAAAACCCACAGAAUCUUCUCUAGCUUUAGAUGUGGACCAGGGAGGAAGCCUUGUUUGGGGGGCUUUGGUGAGUCUGAUGUGGACCUCAAUGGUAAAAGGGUGAAUGGAUGAGAAAACUUUUUUUUUUUUUUUUUGGUAAGGUGUGGUAAAAUAAUGACAUCAGUUUCCUCCCAUCAAACCUGAAAUUCUCAACAACAAAAAAAAAAGAAAAAAAAAAAUACUCUCAGGUGUCACAUGCCUAAUUGUUCUCUUUUGGGACUGCUGACUACCAAUACUUGAAUUCCAGUUGUUAUCAAUAUUCCUAUUUUGAUUUAGUCUGACUCAGGAUUUGGAGCCUGAUUAACUUCUUAAAUUUUUGAAAAUUUUAAUAAUCAACUUCUUGAGGCUCCAAGUGCAAUUAAUGGUAAUGUCUUUAUACCUUUUCACAAAAUUUAAUAAAGCACCCAUCUGUUUGCGUCUCUUCGCUUCCCCUUUUGUGCCCUGGUGGCUUCUCAAAUCUUGCCUGGAUGACUUAUGACCACAACUAAUAUAAUGUGGAAUAUUCCGGAAACAGAGAGCCCCAGGUGAGACAGACAUCUUCUCUUCAGGGACCUACAAAGUUUGACUUGUGAGCUUCAUCCAUAACGAUUCUCAGAAAUUUCAACAAGCUAA